AUGUGUCACCGUGUCCCCCUCUCCCUCGCCGCGACGAAGGCCCUGCCCGCGCAGGCGGCCGCGGGCGACGUGAAGAAGGUGGUGGCCCUCUACGACUACGAGCCCAUCACAGCGCAGGACCUGCGGCUGCACAAGGGCCACGAGUACCUCGUCGUGGACGAGAGCCACCCGACGUGGUGGAAAGCCCGCGACAAGAGCGGGAGGGAAGGCUACAUCCCCAGCAACUACGUCACCGAAACCAGCAAUUCCCUGGAGACCUUUGAGUGAGUCUCCAAGAACAUCACCCGGAGCCAGGCGGAGCAGCUGCUGAAGCAGGAGGGCAAGGAAGGGGGCUUCAUCGUGCGGGACUCGACCAGCAAGACGGGCAAAUACACGGUGUCCGUCUACGCCAAGUCCGGCUCCGGCGCCGUGCGCCACUACGUCGUGUGCCGCACGCCGCACGAGCAGUACUACCUGGCCGAGAAGCACCUCUUCGACAGCAUCCCCGAGCUCAUCACCUACCACCAGCACAACUCGGCCGGCCUCAUUUCCCGACUGAAGUACCCUGUGUCCCAGCGCCGGCGAAGCGCUCCCUCCACGGCCGGCCUCGGCCUAGGCUCGUGGGAGAUCGACCCGAAGGAUCUGACGUUCCUGAAGGAGCUGGGCACGGGGCAGUUUGGAGUGGUGAAGUACGGGAAGUGGCGAGGCCAGUACGACGUCGCCAUCAAGAUGAUCCGGGAGGGCUCCAUGUCCGAGGACGAGUUCAUCGAUGAAGCCAAAGUCAUGAUGAACCUGUCUCACGAGAAGCUGGUUCAGCUCUACGGGGUGUGCACCAAGCAGCGCCCCAUCUUCAUCAUCACCGAGUACAUGGCCAACGGCUGCCUGCUCAGCUUCCUGCGGGAGUCCCGGCAGCGCUUCCAGCCCGCCGAGCUGCUGGAGAUGUGCAAGGAUGUGUGCGAAGCCAUGGAGUACCUGGAAUCCAAGCAGUUCCUGCACCGAGACCUGGCUGCUCGCAACUGCUUGGUGAACGACCAGGGAAUUGUGAAAGUCUCCGACUUCGGCCUCUCCAGGUACGUUCUGGAUGACGAGUACACGAGCUCCAUGGGCUCCAAGUUCCCAGUUCGGUGGUCGCCCCCCGAAGUCCUCCUGUACAGCAAGUUCAGCAGCAAGUCGGACGUCUGGGCGUUUGGUGAGAGCACGGAGUGA